AUGCUUUGGCUUGUACUGUUUUCCUUGUCCUUAGUUUCUUGUGAAAAUGAAGAUUCACGAUUAGUGAACAUAGACCAAGGUCCGGUGCGAGGAUAUAAGGAAGCAGAAUAUGGAAUUUACAGUUUCUACGGUAUUCCCUAUGCUAAUGUACCAAAAGGCAAGAACAGAUUUAAGGCUCCCCUGCCUCCUCCGAUAUGGUCGGAAACUUUUGACGCUGUGGAUCACGAAAUAAUAUGUCCGCAAAGUGAUUUAAUGAAUGUAUUUAGAUCAUCCAAAAUAAUAAAAGAAGAUUGUCUUAUAGCAAAUGUUUACGUACCUGACACUAAAGAAAGAAAUCUUCCAGUUCUUAUAAUUGUUCACGGUGGGGCUUAUUCAAUAGGAUGGGGAAAUAUGUUCACACCAAAGAAAUUAGUCGGGAGUAAGAAAAUUAUUGCCGUGACUUUUAAUUAUAGACUUGGACCGCAAGGCUUUCUUUGCCUAGGUACAAAAGAUGUUCCCGGGAAUGCUGGAAUGAAAGACCAAGUAGCAUUAGUCCGCUGGGUAAAGACAAAUAUAGCAAGUUUUGGUGGUAAUCCUGAGGAAAUUAUCAUAACAGGCUUUAGUUCUGGAGCGUCUGCAGUGGACGUUUUAAUAUUAUCAAAAAUGACACAAGGUUUUUUCAAGAAAGUUAUACCAGAGAGUGGUUCAGGCCUCGGCCCCUAUGCUGUUCAAUUAGAUCCUAUUGAGAAUGCCAAAACAUAUGCAAAAUUAUUAAAUUUUGAUAAUGUCGAUGAUUUAGAUGCCUUAGAACAGUUUUAUAAGAGCCUUCCGCUUGACGUUCUUAACUCCGUACAAGUUACACAUAGGAAAGAUUCUGUGACAAUUAUGUCACCUUGUAUAGAACGUGAUACAGGAGAGGAAAGAUUUCUUGAUGAUAGCCCAAUCAAUAUAAUCAAGAGUGGUAAUUUCGAAAAGUUACCUCUCCUGUACGGCUUUACCGAUAUGGAUGGAUUGUUAAAAUUUCCUCAAUUUAACAAUUGGAUUGAUGACAUGAAUACCAACUUUUCUGAUUUUUUGCCAGCCGACUUGCAAUUUAAAAAUAAAGAUGAAAAAGAAAGCGUAGCGAAAGAGAUAAGACGUUUUUAUUUUGGUGAAAAACAAGUGAACGAAAAAACGGCAUUAGAAUUUAUUUAUUACUUCACAGAUGUAAUGUUUGCGUGCCCAAUUUUGAGGUCUACUAAAUAUCAAGUUGAGGCUGGUCAUAAUCAGAUAUAUUUGUACGAGUAUUCUUAUGUUGAGGAUAGUACACUUUUUGUACCACACACUAAUAAGCGCGGCGCGAAUCACUGUGCUCAAACAUUCAGCAUUUUAGACGGAUUUUGGAACGAUACCAUAAUCGAUGAAAAAGACGUUUCAAAUGACAUAAUACAAAGAAAAUCAUACAUGCAACCGAUUUGGUUAAAUUUUAUGACAACAGGGAAACCCAUACCUGAAGGAUCUGAUCUGCCAGUGUGGCCACCAGUAGGAUUGGAUUUGUCACCACAUAUGUCCAUCAAUAGGACAUUUGAGUUAAAAGAAAUUCCUUUAAAGGAACGGAGUUUAUUUUGGGAAAGAAUUUAUGAAAAAUACUAUCGUGAUCCGAUACCACCGAUAGUGCCGACCAAGAACAGGCACCUCAACAACGAACAAUAG